AUGGGGAAUAUCUUUGCAAACCUCUUCAAGGGCCUUUUUGGCAAAAAAGAAAUGUGCAUCCUCAUGGUGGGCCUGGAUGCUGCAGGGAAGACGACGAUUCUCUACAAACUGAAGCUGGGUGAAAUUGUGACCACUAUUCCCACCGUAGGUUUUAAUGUGGAGACCGUUGAGUACAAGAAUAUCAGCUUCACUGUGUGGGACGUGGGUGGCCAAGACAAGAUCCGGCCACUAUGGCGCCACUACUUCCAGAACACCCAAGGCUUGAUCUUUGUGGUGGACAGCAAUGACAGACAGCGUGUGAAUGGGGCCCGCGAGGAGCUCAUGAGGAUGCUGGCUGAGGAUGAGCUGCGGGACGCUGUCCUCCUGGUGUUUGCCAACAAGCAGAAUCUCCCAAACGCCAUGAACGCAGCGGAAAUCACAGACAAACUGGGGCUGCACUCGCUACGUCACAGGAACUGGUACAUUCAGGCCACCUGUGCCACCAGCAGGGACGGGCUCUAUGAAGGACUGGACUGGCUGUCCAAUCAGCUCCGGAACCAGAAGUGA